CAUCUCUUAUCCUACUUCUCCAUCUACUCCUCCUUGCCUCUACAUGCUCAAAAUUUGGAAGGGUAAAUGGAAGGCCCAAGACCAAGAAGAUGGCGAAAUUCAAUCUGAAUCUGAGCGCGACAGCGACCAGCAGCUUGCGUCGGGUGGCGCCAAUGUGCUGUUCGAAUUCGACGACUCAGCCAUGGCGUCACCCUCACAAAGUCUACUGGAUCCUGUUCCGUCGUCUGCCGCUCUUCCUGACUCUGACUCUGAAAGACCUCACAAGCGCAGGAAAACAGAAAAUGGGCAGGAUAACGGACGAAGAGCGCGUUAUCUCACUAUAUCGGAAACAGUGCCAGGAGAAUAUAUCCCUUCUCGAUGUAGAGAAAUCAUCGUACUCUACGACAGAGCAUUUUCUUCGAACAUGACGCAGACGAUCAUACUGGAUGAAGUCACCUCUUUGGAUCCAUCUGGACGCGUUUUCUCGAAACAUCUUGAGGCAUCAAGGCAAGUUUUGGAAGAACUUGGUGCAUGUGCGUCCGAUCUAGUGUGGCGUCGUGCUUUGAGAGACAUAGAGACUAGCGUGUCUACAUGGGAUGACCAUGACGACGACGACGCUGCGCCCGACGUGGUACUCGAUGUCUCCGUCCGUGACAUCAUCAAGAAUUGGAUGUUUGCUAUGCCCAAUCUGGAUAUCGGUUCUCGAGGGUUCAAUGUUUCCCCAAAGUUCUUGCGACUUGUACAGAUACUCAAGGCGUGUGAACCCCUUGACACGGAGUUCCGCGGUUUAGUUUUUGUCUCCAGCAAGGCUGUUGCGUGGGGUAUCAUCGACUUGCUCAGAGCCUUGAGGGAGUUUCGGUGUCAGCUAUUACAAGGUGAUGAGACGCCUGCGGCUCAGCAUGACCUUUUCAACGCCUUCAAGGAUGGUACUUGCAAUAUGAUUAUCGCAGUGCAGUCGACAGAAGAUUUAGACAUACCCAAAGCUUCCGUUGUCAUUCGAUUCAGUUUGUCGUGCAGCUACUUGUCACACGCAUACACCUACUCUCGAGCUGCUGACUUCGACAGUCAUCUUGUGCUCAUGGCUGAGCGUGAGAAUAACGUCCAUCGCCAUAUUCUAUCCUGCCUUGCACGUAUCAACAAAAGUAUGUUGUCAUGGGCGAUUCGGACCUCUGAUACCUCGUUGCCUCCUUUACUCUUGUCAGAUAUGAUGGCUGUAUUCAGCCUUGAUAAAGGGUCCGAGAUCGAAGACAGCAAGCAACCGUGUAUCACUGACGCCACCACCGGUUGCGAAAUUCGAGUGCAAAACGCUACUGUUGUUAUCUUUCGCCUAGGCGCAUAUCUUCUAGAGCUAAAACCAGGUCCGGAUAUAGAGAAACCCCGCCUUGAAUAUGUCUCUGCUCAGUCGUUGGUCACCUGUCGAGUGCAUUUGCCCGGAAUGCCCAAUCACCUGGUAUCAGCCAGGCGCCAAGCUUGCUUUGCGGCCUGUGCUAGACUGGCUGAAGCUGGCCUCCUUCCACAUAGGUUUUUCCCAUUUCCUGAAAAUAGACGCUUAUGGAAGCCCAAGGAUCUCCCACCUGCUACCGACGCUAAAGUGGCGGGGACGCGAAUGUACUCGGGGAGCGUGCCGUGCUUUUGGCAGUCUUUCUGUUAUUCGCCGGCAAAAGUGUUGUACCCUACACUGUUCUUUCUGGGUAUACCGAUCGUCGUUCCGUUGCGACGCGGUGCUCCUAUGCUCGUGAACGACGAACAGCUAGAACUUCUUCAUACAUACACAAUCAGAUUCUUCCGAACAGUUGUUAACAAGCCAUAUAUUUGUGACUCGGGGAAGAUGGCAUAUUUUGUCGCUCCUCUCCAGUCAGACUUCCGCUCUCCAGAACUGGAUCCCUUAGCCUGGAAUGCCAUAAAAUUGGCGUCUGAGAGCCGGUGGACUCCCUUGAAGUACGGAGUAGCGGACAUGGUAGAACCGGAUGUCCAGGAUGCUGCCAUCCAGGGCCAUAUGGAGUUCAUUCGUCGUUACGAAGUUGUGAAGGUCAGACGCGACCUGACCCCGCAAAGUAUCCAUCCGAACAACAAUUCAAUGACUAUUCUUGAGUUCGUUCGGUCAAAAUACGAAAACCUCCCGGAUCUGAAGGACGAGAAUCAGUGUAUCCUCGAGGUCGUAAAAAUCGAUCCCUGGCUGCAAUACGCUAGUCCUUCGUCUAGACCUCAGUGUGGCACAUCUGAUUUUUUAUAUAUGAUACCAGAACUCUAUGCCAAAUGCACGUUUCCAUUAAGUCUCAUUCGCACGGGGUUCCUCCUUCCGUCGAUCAUGGAAAAUAUCAACCAUAUCUUACUCGUCAAAGAGUUGAAUGCGAACUUUUUUGGUCUUUCCGUGGCCGAGGACUUACUUCGGAUGGCUAUCACCGCACCAUCAGUGGGCCUCGCUUAUGAUUAUGAGCGUUUAGAACUUUUAGGUGACUCGUUCUUGAAAUAUGUCUCAUCUCUAUAUGUUUUCGUAACGGAGCCGGACAGAAGCGAAGGUAACCUACACGCAUCAAGAAGAGAGCUCAUCAGCAACAAUUCUUUGCUUCGCCAAGCUGUUCGCAUCGGGCUGCCUUCCUUUAUUCAAAUGAAACCGUUCAGCAUCAAAAUCUGGUGUCCACCAAAUUUUACCAGGGAAUUGAACAACAAUACUUCUGCUGAUCAGGUACCAUCCGCACCUAAGCAGCCAACGGCAGACGUGUCCACUACAAUCGCAGCAAAAGGCCGUUCUAGGAAAAGGAAGAAGAAAGCUUGGACUUUGCGGAAUGGCGAUUCCAACAAAUGGCUUGGUGACAAGACUGUUGCUGAUGUUGUCGAGUCUAUCAUUGGUGCUGCUUACCUCACGGGUGGCAAAGACGUAGCCCUUCGUGUUACAAAGGACCUGGGAGUACCUCUUUUAAGAGUUGAACAGUGGUCAGAUUUUGGCCGCACAGCUAUGGCACCCUCUUCCAGUGUCACUGCUAAACUCAAACCUGGAACGCUCCAAGCUAUCGAGGAAAUACUAGAGCACAAGUUUAAACGACCGUACUUGCUGGCGCAAGCCUUGACACAUAUCACCCAUCAAGGCUUUCAGACUUCUUGUUAUGAGAGGUUCGAAUUUGUCGGGGAUGCAGUACUUGACUUCUUGGUAGUUCGGCACAUCUUUAGUCGUAACCAAGGACUUUCACCUGGCGCACUGACAUUGCUGAAGGGUGCAAUGGUUUCAAAUCGCGCGUUAGCUGCCCUUUGUGUGUGCUCGGGCUUACAUCAGCACCUGUUAUUCCAGUCAGCAGAGCUUGCUCUGAGUAUCAUCAACUAUGAAAAGGAGGUGAAGCGUAAACAAUGCGAGGAAUACACUGACGCACAAAAGGAGGGCCGAGCACCGGGUCAGUUCUGGUUUGAUAUUGACCCUCCAAAGCCUCUAUCAGAUGUCGUAGAAUCUAUAAUGGGGGCGAUGUGCAUAUCAGAUGACUUCCAACCAGAUGGUGUAGAAGCCAUUUUUAUAAAUCUUGUCCAACCGUUCUACGACAAGCACAUUACACUUCAAACGCUUUCUCAUCAUCCUACCAAGGUUCUUUUGGAACUCCUUCAAGCGAGCGGUUGUCAAGAUUUCGAGAUCAACAAGGAAGAUGGUGAUGGCGGCGUUCAAUGUAGCGUACUCGUCCAUGAUAUUGUGUUGGCCAGUGCUACCGAGGCCAAUCCUAUCAGUGCUGCCCGUCUCGCUUCAUUGUGGGCCUUGGACGCACUGGAAGGAGAUUCUGAUUUCUUGGCUCGAACGUGUGAUUGUAGGUCAGUGAACAAUACAAAAGGUCACACAGGGAGGUACUAGACGCUCUCGAAACUUGGCAUCCAAUACAGAAAA